UAUCAUCGAUCGAGUGAAAACCCUCGUCGUCUGGCUGUGAGCUCUCAACUUUUCAAUCAAUGGCGCCUAAGAAAAUCGGAGCCGGCGGGAGAGAUUCGAGCAUCUUGGCGAAGAUUUCAAACUACGAAAUCGUUUCUCAGGGAAGACGCGCCGCUUGCGAUGCUGUCCACGUGUCGAAGAAGCUGUUAAAGAGCACCGGGAAGGCGGCGUGGAUCGCCGGAACGACGUUGCUCAUCCUUGUCGUCCCUUUGAUCUUAGAGUUGGAGAAAGAUCAGCAAUUAAGCGAGUUUGAGUUUCAGCAGACGAGUCUUCUCGGAACCCCACCGGUCGGUGCGAUGCACUAAAGUAACUGUAGAAACCCUAAUUCGAAUUUGAUAUUAUCAUCAUGCUUGUUUCUGCUACUCUAUUAGAACCUGUUAAUUUCCUUCCUUGUGUAAGAUUAGGUUUACUCAUAAGGGAUUUGCAAUGAAUUCGCAAUUUUCAAGCUUGUGUUUGGGCAAUCUGCUUCUAAUCUAUUUGGUAAUUUAUGGCUUGAGCACUAUAAAGAUGAGAGCUUUUCUUGUACAAGUGAUUUAUAUUAAUGCACUACGUUAGCUAAA